UUCAUGAUGGAUGGUUAUUGUAAUAAAUAAAUGAGCUCAUCUCUCUCCCUCUCUCUUCCCCUCGACAGACCUCUUAUUCCUCCGUCUCCAUCGUGGAUCUCGUCCUCCGGAGAUCUCUUCACGGUCUUCCAAGUUGGGUAAUCCAGUAGAUAACUCCUACAAGCUUCUCUGCAACUUGGCUCGUGGUUGAUGCUUCCAGGUGCAAAUCUUAUGGUUGAGUCUGAUGAUGAAGUAAUAGUCAUGGUUAGACUGUUCUAAUGAGAAGAAGAAGAUGAAAGUACCACAUCUGGGCAAUGGGAACACAUAUAUUGUGCCACCACAACGCAACAGGCCCAUUGCAAGGCCGCCUCGAUGGAUAAUUAUCCUGCUAUGUUUGGUAUCUGUCUGCUUGAUUGGGGCAUACAUAUAUCCACCUGGGCAGUAUCCGGCUUGCUACUUUUUUUCUUCAAGUGUUUGCAGCCCUAUUAAGUACUGGUUGCCUCCUAUAGCACGGGAACUUACUGAUGAUGAGUUUGCCUCUCGUGUUGUCAUCAAAAACAUUCUUUCCAUGCCACUAGUUUGGCCAAAGCAUCCCAAAAUUGCUUUCAUGUUCUUGACUCCAGGAUCAUUGCCCUUCGAAAAACUCUGGGAGACAUUUUUUCUGGGCCAUGAAGGGAGAUUUUCCAUCUAUAUACAUGCAUCACGAGAGAAGCCAGUGCACGUGAGUCCAUUAUUUGUUGACCGGGACAUAAGGAGUGCUAAGGUUGUGUGGGGUAAGAUAUCUAUGGUUGAGGCAGAAAAGAGAUUACUGGCAAAUGCACUCCAAGACCCUGAUAAUCAACAUUUUGUCCUGCUUUCUGACAGUUGUGUUCCUCUACAUAACUUUGAUUAUGUGUAUAGCUAUCUGAUGGGAACAAAUGUCAGCUAUAUUGACACAUUUUGGGAUCCUGGCCCACAUGGUAAUGCCAGGUAUACUGAGCAUAUGUUGCCAGAGAUUGAAGAAAAGGACUUUAGGAAGGGUUCACAGUGGUUCUCAAUGAAGCGCCAGCAUGCAUUAAUAGUUAUGGCAGACAGCCUUUAUUUCACAAAGUUCAAGCUUUAUUGCAAGCCAGGUUUUGAUGGACGUAAUUGUUAUGCUGAUGAACACUAUCUGCCGACUCUAUUCACUAUGAUUGACCCUAAUGGCAUUGCAAACUGGUCGGUGACACAUGUGGAUUGGUCUGAAGGAAAAUGGCAUCCAAAAUCAUACCGAGCUGAGGAAGUGACAUACGAACUCCUGAAGAAUAUAACUUCUAUUGACGAGAGUUACCACAUCACAAGUGAUGAGAAGGGAAUAAAAUCUUGGUCCAGUACCUAUACUGGUCAACUAUCGAACAGGUAUUGUAUGAGAUCGGUCAGCAUAUUAAAUGUCAGUAUGGGUCAAUACCAGUUGGUACCAUUUGGACUGGAGAGAAAAAGACAAAGGAGAGGAGGCAAAAGCAAAGGAGGAGAAAACAGCAUUGCAAACUGGUACAAGAAGGUGGCAGCGGCACAUACUGGUAGGGGGAGGAUGUGGCAAUGCAGAUGAGAGAAGGUGGCGACAUGUAUUGGUAACAGGAGGCGGCAAUGCGUAUGAAGAGGAGGCUGUGGUGAUGCAUUCGUAGGAGGAGGAGGCUAUGCCAACACAAACAGGGAGGAAAAAAAAGAAGAGAGUGAAUCUGUUGAAAGAAGAGAGAAAAGAAGAUAAAAGAAAAAAAAAGAAGAGGCAGCUAGAACAAAAAGCUUAUCAGGUAGUAAGCAUUCUUUUCAAACAGACCACACAAAAUUGCUCGGUCUUAUAUACUAGUCGACCAUUAGACUAGUAAAUGUUGGUCCAUACCAACUGGGACAUUUGAAAUUUUAAUUCAUAGUUUUGAUGUGUGGCUGAGUGCUAGAUUAUCUGAGUUGCAGCAGACUAGCAACUUGCUAUAUCAAUAAAGCUACCUUCUUUGUUCCA